AUGGUCUUACCCAAAACCAUUUCUUCACCAUCCCCACUCGACCCCCUCCUCCUCCUUCCAAUCCCCUCCCCUCUUCCUCCAUCACCUCAACCAGACCUCGACCCAUUAGUCAACUCCAUCACCUCCCACAUCGACUCGACGGAAGGACAGAUACCAAUAACAGUCUUGACAUCAGCUAUAAGGCAGAUCACUCGUAAAUCCCAGAUACUCCUCAAUGCAGCUAGGGUCAAUGCUGCUCAGGCGAGGGACGCGCUGGAUAACGUCGAUGAAGAGCUGAGAGAGGUCGAAUAUGAAAGUACGAGGGUGAACGAUGAGAUGAGGAAAUGUAGUGAAUACGUACCCGCAUACGAAGAGAUGGAUUUACCAUCCAUAGAAGAAUUCUUUUCCUCCGCUGACGAGAGUAUACUGAGUUCUUUGCCAUCAAAGGAUGGUGAAGAAUACGAAAAUCAACUGAUGAUAGCUAGGUUGGAACAUGAAUUGCAGGAGAUUGAAAAGCGCGAGAAUCAGGUCAAUCAAUUAUCGAAACAACGUGAUAACUUGAUCAAAACCAAGAAAGAGAUCAAGAUGAAAUUCGAUGCUGUUGAUGUUCAUCUAGGUGGAUUUUCAAGGUCCGCUAACGCAGUAGCCAGUAAACUCAAGGACGUAGCUGAUAUUCCAUCUGCCAAGAUUCCACAAAUAUCACUAGAGGGUGAAUCGACAUCUUCUACAUAA